UACAAAUAUGCACUACAUAGUACACACACAAUGGCUCUUCAGUUCCCAACCACCCUCGAAUGAAGGGCCUUUGACGGCCUUUCGUCGGUCGGAUCUCCCUUGACGCUCCCUUGGCUUUCGGAAGGUUCAUCGCGUGGAUGUGCUCGCCCAGCGAAGGAUGAAAAGAGGCUGAAAAGGAGUCUUGGUUGGCCGUCAAAAGCCAGAAGUGAAUCGCGAGUUGUACCAGAAACGAAAGAAUCGAGACUUCAGUGUGGUAUUGACGGCAGACCUAUCGUGAGUGUGGGCAUUUUUUGAUCGGUGCCAAAGAAAGAAAGAAAGAAAGAAAGAAAAGAGUAAGCGAAAACGGUUAAGGAGACGGUUGCAGCCUCCGGCGAGGUUCUUUUCGAACAGUUUUUCCCCUACCGUGGUUCCUUUUCCUUCUUACUUCGAGCCUGGCGCUUUGUGUGGGAUAAAAGUGGAAUUGGUGCCACUCCUUUGGAACAAUUUUGACGUGACAGAGAAAAAUAACAUUGGAAAUAGCUUGAAGUACCUCUCCGUCGUGGCUGGCUCCUUCGACUGACUGCUGUUUUACAUUUGGCAAGAACCGAAGAAAAAAUACCAAUCCUAUUCGUUCCUUGGUUGGUUGUGAAAAAAAGGCCAUGACUUGAAAGAAGACAACUCAAGCUUCCCCGAUGUCCUCUCAUCGAACGGCGAUGAUUCCCAGAUGACAAACUAUUGAACGAACGUUCAAGUUCCACGUUUCACGUUGGGUGAUGAAAAUUUCAUGAUGGUUCUCAAGAGGUGCCAGUUGUGGAUGACCUUCGUGGUCUUGAGCCUCAUGCCUUUGCAGGGCUGGCCUAAGGCUCAGCCAGGCGAGCCCAACCCUAGUCAGGGUAAAACUCGGGUGAUUCAGACAAAGUACGGUCGAAUUCAAGGCUCCGUCACUCGUGUGGGUCGUGACGCUCAACAACAAAGACACGUGGAAAUAUAUCUGGGCGUUCCUUACGCCAGUCCACCCACCGGUAAUUACAGAUUCUCGCCCACUCGACCGCCGGUUCAUUGGUCUGGGAUCCGAUCAUCUUUGGUUCAUGCUCCAUCGUGCCCUCAGGCAUUUCCAAACAUUACCAAUACCACAGCAGCUCUUCGGCGAAUGCCGCGGCAACGUCUCGAGUAUUUGAGAAAUGUCCGCCACGCGUUGGAAAACCAAUCGGAGGACUGCCUCCACUUGAAUAUCUACGCGCCUUUUGUGGAAUCGGCCUCUGGUGGCAGCCGCAUGCGGUCCAGGCAAAAAAAACAGGAUUCUGGUUAUGCAUCAGCUGUUGACGAGUCCCUAGAGGACGGUUAUCCCGUUCUCGUGUUCAUCCAUGGCGAGAGUUUCUCUUGGGGCUCGGGAAAUCUCUAUGAUGGAAGAGUUCUGGCUUCUUACGGAAACACCAUUGUGGUGACGUUCAACUUCAGAUUGGGCGUCUUCGGUUUUCUAAACACAAAUGUAAACCCCGGGAGGAAGCCCCGAAUGGCCAACUAUGGAAUGAUGGAUCAAAUUGCUGCUCUGAAGUGGAUCCAAGAAAAUAUUGCCCAAUUUGGCGGCAAUCCCAACGCCAUAACUCUCUUUGGACACCAGACGGGAGCUGCCGCGAUCCACUUCCUCAUGAAUUCACCGGCCGUCGUUCCAGGGCUCUUCCAUCGGGUAAUCAUGAUGUCCGGAUCGGCCUUUAGUUCCUGGGCAUUGGUCGACGAUCCCGUUCAUUAUGCAGUAAAACUCGCAGCAGCCUUAAAUUGCUCCAUCCCCAGGAACAUGUUGCACGAGCACGAAGACAUUCUGACCUGCUUACGUCAGAAAAGUAUGGAAGAGCUUACCACUUUCGACUUCGGAGCUCCGUCUUUCUUAACGGCCAUGGGGCCAUCCAAAGACGGCAUCCUGAUACCCAAUGAUUUUGGCACGGACAACUUACUUCAAAAGAACAAGCGGGCCAACAGGGUGACUUACGAGGUCAUCUUGGGUCUCGUUGAGGAUGAGUCGGACACCUAUUUCUCAGAGUUAGAGGCCAGUCAAGGCAUCGGACCCUCGACUAGGGAUCAAUAUCUUCGAACAUUGAUCCGGAACAAUUACGAUUUCCAUCUGAAUGAAAUUUUCGCCACCGUUCAGAACGAAUACUCGGAUUGGAUGAGCUCGGACUUGACGGGCGGCCAGAUCCGCCCACAUUAUCUUCAGUGGGAGGCGGCGAAAGCAAUCACGGACCGCCUCUAUACGGCACCAAUUAUCCAAUCCGCCAACUGGUGCAACCAAAGUGGAUUUCCCGUCUAUUUCUACAUUUUCGGUCGACUAAACGACGACGAGGAAGACUUGAUCUUGGCCCUGAAUUCUCCCCGGAAAUCGACGCCUCGAUGGCAAAGCGUAGAUGACAUUGCAUCGAUCGAUCUUGAUCCUUCUCCAGCCUCCGGCGACAAAUCAUCGCUUGACAGAUCUUCAUCCUCGACAUCCUUCUCGUCCUCAUCAGGAUCAUCAUCUUCAGUCUCUUCGGGUGACAUUGGGGGAAAAACUCAUCUUUUGAGUCGUCGCAGUCGCUCGGGUUCCAUGCUGCCCAUGGUCUUUGGACUUCCGUUUGCACCCGAGCUGCAAGAUCAGCAAUCUUCAAUCUGGGCUCUCAGGGACACCGUGGGACAGUCUCCGGGUCAGCAAGGAACCACGUCCCAGAUGCUUCUGACUCUUUGGACCAAUUUUGCCAACUCGGGGGACCCUAAUCGGCCUUUCAAUGUCCAAUCACUGUUUCCACACUUUCAAGAUGGCUGGAAUGCCAAAUCUUCCGAAGGGAGGCCCGGGCGGAUCUGGCCGCAAUACGACAUGAAACAGCAGAAAUAUCUGAAGAUUGAUUCAAGCCCCAAGGUGGACCAUCACUUUCGACUUCACGAGAUGUCCAUAUGGCUGCAUCUGGUUCCCAAACUUCAUCAAGCUGGCUCCAACAACAUCUUCCCACAGCACAAUGCUUUCAUGGGCCACGAUGAUCCAUCUUUAUUCAAGGGCGUAGUGCGCCCUCAUUCAUUCUCGCACGGAUACCAGGUGAACCGCAAGUUUUUUGAUGCCACCACAUCGCCAUCUCCACCCAUUACCACGUGUCUCCCGGUCAAUUCAAGGGGUCAGAUAAUUUCCUCGGAACAAGACCUGUCCUUGGUCCGAUGGGAAAAGGCUAGUGAACACGCCUACAAGCAAGCCAUGUAUCUUACCAUCGGUCUCGGUACCCUGCUCUUUGGGGUGAACAUUUGGUUCCUUCUUUGCUUAUUCUUUUGUCGGUCCCGGAUCUCGUGUUGUGCCCAUCUAGAGGAUUCGAAUCGGGUCAGUGGCAUGGGCAAUAAGGAUUUCACAUGUGAAACGGAAUUAAUGGGCUUGACAAAUGACUCCAUGCAAAGUUUGAGGGACUCAGGAGGGGGUUCCAAUCCGACACACAAAUCUAGGAGCAAUGCCAACUCAAGAAACAACAGUUUAAAUCGCGCACAUUUGAAUAAUGUCCAUGAAAGUAUGAGACUUUUACAGUCGUCGAGUUUGGUCGAAUCGGACCGCGACAGUCGAUCCACGUCAAGUCAAAGCCAUUGUGGUGGAGGCGUGGCUCCCAAUUCCAAAUCAAUUUCUUUUACUAUGAGCAGUGCGGGUGGAGGUGUGGGAGGAGGGUCCGAAACAAGGCGAAACAGUCGGGAAAAGAGCUUUGAAUCCGCGGGACUCCAACACAACCACCCGGUGGUUUCCUCUGGUCAUUCUCAUCAGCACCCUCACAUUAAAUCCAUGGCUUCUACUUUGCCACCGCCUCAGAAGUAUCGUCAGGGUGGCGGUCACACGUGUUCCAAUGCCAAUGAAUUGGUGGUCACCGCCACACUUGGGCGCAAGUUAAGGCCUGUUAAUUGUCAGAUGCACGAGGAAUCAAGCUUGCGCGAAUCUUUGAACUCGCCAAAUGGAUCUUCAACGGCUUCUUCUCAAGGUGUAUCCAUUCUUCUUCCACCUCCGAAGGAUUCCAUUCUUCAUGCUCCGCCCCCUUCGAGCUCCUCCCUGAAGCGCUAUCCUUCCUCACAACCGCCACACCACAUUGGCUGUGAUCAGAAACCGACGAAGAUGACCACCUUUGCUCUACCCUUGGAUCAUACGGAUUCGUCCAGUGAAUGCGCCAUCUCACCCCCUGUGGUUUCCUUUGGCGGAGAGACCAUUCUGCAAUGAUCGGUGCCUACUGCUGUUGCUGGUGUUAUUGUUGAC